UGCCUUUCCCCAGGAAAAGGACAAGAAGAUGAUGAAGUUCCAGGAGCCAGUGUCCUUCAAGGACGUGGCCGUGGUCUUCACCGAGGAGGAGCUGGGGCUGCUGGACUCGGCUCAGAGGAAGCUGUACCAGGAAGUGAUGCUGGAGAACUUCCGGAACCUGCUCUCAGUGGGAAAUCAGCCCUUCAAACCAGAGCUUAUAUUCCAGCUGGAGAGAGAAGAGCGUUUGAUGAUGGAGACCCAGAGAGAUGGGUGUUCAGCUCAUUUCUUCUGUCCCAGCUGCACUGGCCCACUUGCUGCCCAUCAGACCUGUCUCAGUGAUGCUUCUGCUUCUGGUCACUUGGCUUCCUUUGCUGUGUGCCUUGAAUGA